AGAGGCGCGCGGCUCGCUGCGGACACAUCGCUCUCUGGACGCUUUGCAAACCACGGGGAAGCUUAAAACGCAGAGUAAUGAGAAAGUAGACGACCUAAAAGAGCACAAUAAGAAAUUUAAGUUCAAUGACCACUAUGGCCGUUCCCGCGACUCUUCCGGUUCACUCUGGGACUUCUGCGGUGUCCGGUAAACUCUUCAGGACCGAGCCGUUCUUCUCGAGUCCCGCUGAGUCUCCGCGGAUCAUCAACUCGCUGCCGAGUAGCGGGACCACAAACGAGUGCAAGAUCGUGGAGGUUCACGGGGUUAAAGUGGCGUCUUUCAGUGUUGACGGGCAGGAGCUUAUUUGUCUCCCUCAAGUAUUUGACCUUUUCCUGAAGCACCUGGUGGGCGGACUGCACACCGUGUACACUAAACUCAAGCGCUUGGAUAUAAACCCGGUGGUGUGCACCGUGGAGCAGGUGCGCGUGCUGCGCGGACUCGGUGCCAUCCAGCCCGGAGUGAACCGCUGCAAACUCAUUUCCAGAAAAGAUUUCGAAGCGCUGUACAACGACUGCACCAACGCAAGCUCUCGUCCAGGACGCCCACCUAAGCGCUCCUAUGGGGCCAGUGUUCAAGAAAACCCCAGAAUCCUGCACCACAGAGCAAACAACCUCCUGUCUCCAGCCCUGCUGUCACCCACAGGUUUAACAACAGCUGCUAUGGCUGAAGCUCUGAAGAUACAGAAGAUGAAGAUGAUGAUGAAUCUACACAAAACUCACAACGGCUCCGAAUUCGAUUCAGAUGAGCUGAACUCUAACGCAGGCACAGAGAAGGCCAACAACAGACAGGAGAAGAGUUAA